GUAAACCUUUACUUCAUUUUAUACGAAAAAGAUGACGAAACGAGAAGCUUCAUUCUGUCUCCUCUCAUUUGUCGUAGUAUUCUUGUUCUUGAGUUCAGUCUCAGGAGUCACAGAUGAUCAUCAAAACAAACAAGUGUAUAUUGUCUACAUGGGCUCACUUCCGUCUCGACCGGAAUACACACCAAUGUCGCAUCACACGAGUAUUCUUCAAGAGGUCACCGGAGAAAGUUCUAUGGAAGGUCGUUUGGUGAGAAGUUACAAGAGGAGUUUCAACGGUUUCGCGGCCAGGCUCACUGAGUCAGAACGACACCGAGUAGCUGAAAUGGAAGGCGUCGUGUCUGUGUUCCCGAGCAAGAACUUACAAAUCCAAACGACGGGGUCUUGGGAUUUCAUGGGGCUAAAGGAAGGAAAGAAAACAAAGCGAAACUUGGCCAUAGAGAGUGAUACUAUCAUCGGAGUCCUCGACACUGGGGUUUGGCCGGAAUCUGAGAGCGUCUCUGACAAAGGCUUUGGUCCUCCUCCAAAGAAAUGGAAAGGUGUCUGUGCCGGCGGCAAAAACUUCACCUGCAACAACAAGUUGAUAGGGGCAAGAGACUACACAGGCAGAGGUUCUAGGGACACGAUUGGACACGGUACGCAUACAGCAUCCACUGCAGCUGGAAACGCAGUCGCGGACACAAGCUUCUUUGGAAUCGGCAAUGGAACGGUGAGAGGUGCCGUUCCAGCCGCUAGAAUCGCUGUUUACAGUGUCUGCCUCGAAACCCUUUGUCCGUUCGAGGCUACACUUGCUGCGUUCGAUGAUGCGAUUUCCGACGGUGUUGACCUCAUCACUAUAUCUAUCGGUGGAUAUAUCAAAUCCUUCCAAGAGGAGCCGAUUGCAAUCGGAGCUUUCCACGCCAUGGCCAAGGGAAUCCUGACUGUGAACUCGGCUGAUAAUAGCGGCCCGUAUCCGGGCCAUAUCUCGAGCGUAGCACCAUGGUUGUUAACCGUUGCAGCCAGCAACACGAACCGUGGGUUUGUCAACAAAGUUGUUCUCGGUAACGGCAAGACACUUGUGGGGAAAUCCGUAAAUGCUUUUGAUAUGAAAGGAAAGACGUACCCUCUAGUGUACGGGAAAUCUGCUGCCUUGACUGGCUGCGACACAAAAUCUGCCGAGCAAUGCUUUCCAAUUUGUCUAGAUAAAUCCCUAGUGGAGGGGAAGAUCUUGGUGUGCGCUAAUUCUGAUGGUCCGCAAGUAGCUAUACUAAUGGGAGCUGUUGCGUCCAUUGUUAAAGACCCGGAAGUAGACCAUGCGUCCAUCCACGCUUUGCCCUUCUCUGCUCUAUCACCAGAUGACUUUGACUCUCUCGUCUCUUACAUUCACUCCACAAAGUCUCCAGAAGCGGCAGUUCUAAAAAGUGAGGCAAUCUUUAAUCAGAUAGCUCCUAAAGUUGCAUCCUUCUCUGGCCGCGGUCCAAACAGCAUUGUUUCUGAUAUUCUCAAGCCGGAUAUAACAGCACCAGGAGUGGAGAUUCUCGCUGCCUAUUCACCUGUGGCUCCAAUUAUACCACUGUAUAAAAUGGAGAAUGACACCAGACGUGUAAACUACUCUGUCCUCGCCGGAACUUCGAUGGCUUGUCCGCAUGUUGCAGGCGUGGCUGGGUACGUCAAGACGUUUUACCCUGAAUGGUCUCCUUCCAUGAUUAAAUCUGCCAUCAUGACAACCGCUUGGCCAAUGAAAGCUACUGGAACUGGGAUUGCAUCGACCGAGUUUGCUUAUGGAGCUGGACACGUGGACCCAAUAGCCGCUCUUAACCCUGGACUCGUAUAUGAACUGGACAAAGCAGACCACAUCGCCUUUCUCUGCGGCUUGAACUUCAAUGUUACAGCCCUGAAACUCAUUACCGGUGAAGCCGUCACUUGCACUGAAAGAACCUUACAAAGAAACCUUAACUAUCCGUCCAUGUCGGCUAAAAUAUCGAGAUCUAAUAGCUCUUUCAGCGUCACUUUCAACAGAACUGUCACUAACGUCGGUGCCCCCAACUCUAUAUACAAAUCAAAGGUACUCGCAGGUCACGGAUCUAAGCUCAGCGUAGAGGUCUCCCCUAGUGUGCUAUCUAUGAAAUCUGUGAACGAGAAGCAGUCUUUCACCGUGACUGUUUCGGGCAGCAAUAUCGACCCAAAGCUGCCUUCGUCUGCAAAUCUUAUCUGGUCCGAUGGCACCCAUAACGUUAGAAGUCCCAUUGUUGUUUAUACUGAUGGUUCUUAAUGAGGCGGAAAAAGUUCUUAAUCAUAAUAAAUAAGUUAUCUGCUACAUGACAAGCAUAAAGACAAAAAUUAAGUGCU